GAGAAGGUACUUGGAUCCCUAGGGUUCCUGGGUCAGGGCUGCCUGGUACUGACCAGUCAGUGGAUAUGCUGCCCGUUUCAUGAGGAUUCCCCACUCAAACACACGGUGGAAAAGGGUUAAUCUCCCAGGAACUAACUAUGGAAGUGGAGUGAAAAGCCCCCUGUUUGGUCCUGCAUUUGGAUUUCACGGUGCCUUCGGAACUGCGGCGCCGCCGUUCUCCACGCAACCCAGCAGUUGUUCCGCGCUACGGAGCGCAUUCGAAGGUCGUUGAAGCCCUACCGGAAACGGUUCUUUUUCAGGCCAACUGGAGGGGUUUUAGAGUACCUCCGUCUUGGGCAUGUGGAGGCCAUGUGCUUCUGCAGCGCUUCUUCGUUCGACAGACGCCCCGGAGCGGAGACGUGGAGCACUGGAGCGGCUUGCGUGCGAAGCACACGGACGUCUCAACUGCCAUAGCGGGCGCUCAACAAAAUCCUGGGGACGUCUCAAUGUCAACGACCAGGGAGCCUCCACAACCUGCGUGGUCCUCAGGCGACCUGCGCCGUUGCACAGCGCGCAGCUGCCUGGGCCCCAACGUCACGUCGAUCCAUCGCUCGGUGCUGCUGCUGGCGACGGGGCCAAGUCGCUUCAGUGUCUUCCACACCGCCGGUUUCUUCCCGCUCUAUGUGAGCACCACUGAUGAGGAUGCAGCAGCUUUGUUCAAUCAAUCAGCUUCGGGCAUUUGGUUUCCUGUGGACCACUUCUGGGAUUUACCUUUUGUGGACUUUGCUGCCGACCUGAUCGCCCUGGAUGUGGCGCCCUUUGUGUCGAACCGGACGAUGCUGUCGGAGGUGCUGACGGAAACUGUGAGGAUGUUGGCGCAGCUGGGAGUCCUGUUCCUGUUGGGCGGAGAGGAGUUCCCCAACCUGGCGCUGGAGCAGCUCGGUGCGGCGAAGCAGCUGGAGCCUGGAGCAAUGCGCCAGUCCUUCGUUCGCAAGCUGGGCUUGGUGCCAGACCUGCCGACAUGUCCCAACUGUGGCAUGACACCGAUGAUGGGGCAGCGGCAUCAGAGGCCCAGCCCUCAAAACCUCUGCCAAGCAUGGGUGCAGCCGGACUACUUGUCCAUCUUCGACCCCGAGGUCCGAGGCAAGUUCGAAGCCAGUUCCGAGAGCUGGGAGCUUCAACGUUUGAGACUUUGGCAUCGUCCUAAUGUGCUGGACUCCCGAGAGGAGGUGAAGAACUGGGUGAAGAAGGUCUCCACAAGCGAUAGGGCAUGGUACAAUGACAACUACGUGUCCUCCGAGCCCAACAAGCGUGAGUGGAGGUUCAGCCAGCUGAUCACUGAAGGAAAGGUGAAACGCCUCUUGGACGCUGGAGCUGGUUCCUGUACCUUGGAAGGCACCCUGCGACGGCAAAGACUGCUUUCGAAGCUGGAUGUUUACUUGGCCUUUGGAGCCUACGACUGUUCGAUGUUGCGGAUCUGUGCGGAGCGCGGUGCCUUGUCCUUCCAGCAGAAUUGGCUCAAGCAGAUGCCCAUCUGUGCCAGCUGCAAGUUCGAUCUCAUCUUUCAGGUGGAAGGAUUGCAUCACAACAAGGAUGUCGAGGCUCAUGGCCUGUUCCUGCAGAACAUGUUGUCCCACUUAGCCUGCGGUGGGCUGCUGUACGUGCAAGAUGGCUUUGGACCCUGGGUCGAGAUGUUCCAUCAAGCCCUGACCUCACAACAUGCGGACCACCUCCAAAGGCAUCACGGUUGUUCACGGCGUGGCAACGUCCCGGUUUUCCCCAGACCUUCCGGAACUUGACCCAUGAACUGGGCUCCUACAUGGAAGUCAUAAUCCACCACUACCAGGACUACAAGGUGAAAGUGAAGCAACAGUUGAAGGACGACUUCUAUAUCCAUCGGCUCUGCUGACGGGACCCCGAAACAAG